AAUUGCCUCCAUUUCCAUUAAUUAAAUUCAUUUUCAUUUUCAUUACAUUCAAAUCCUCUCCAAAACUUUAUACUGUAUUCUCUUAUUCUCUCUCAAAUGGGUCAGAAAAAAGAAGAAACCAAAGUUAAUGGAGCAGAAAAGAAGAAUGAAGGCAUUGUUUUAAAGCUCGAUUUGCAUUGUGAAGGUUGUGCCCAAAAAGUCAGACGUUUCAUUCGCCACACACAUGGUGUGGAAAACGUGAAAUCGGACUGUGAAACUGGAAAAUUGACGGUUAAAGGGGACGUGGACCCUUCGUGGCUCCGGGAAAGGGUGGAGAUCAAGACCAAAAAGACGGUGGAGCUUAUAUCAUCGCCGCCAAAAAAAGACGGCGGUUCUGGUGCUGCCGGAGAUAAAAAGAGCGGUGGUGAUGGCACCGGAGAUAAAAAGUCCGGUGAAAAAACAGAGAAAAAAACAGAGGAUAGGAAGGCCGACGACAAAAAACCCAAAGAGACUCAAGUAAUCAGUGUGGUGGCAUUGAAGAUUCGUGUGCACUGCGACGGGUGUGCACAUAAAAUAAAACGAGUUAUUAAAAAGAUUAAAGGGGUACAAGAAGUGAAUAUAGAAUCAGAAAAAGAUUUGGCCACGGUAAAGGGGACUAUGGACAUAAAUAAGCUAACUCCUUACUUGAUUGAUAAAUUGAAGCAAAAAGUGGAAGUUGUUCAAUCUAAGAAAGACAAUGGGAGUGGUGAAAAGAAAGGCAAGGAGGGUGACAGUGACAAGAAGGAGAAAGAGAGCAGUGGUGGCGGUGGCGGUGGCGGAGACAAGAAGGAAAAAGGUGGUACGGAGAAAAAAGACGGUGACUCGAAGGCAGCUAGCAGUGGUGGUGGUGGUAUAGGAGGAAGUGAGGUCGUCAACAAAAUGGAAUACUCUGGUUAUAAUGCAAAUACAUUUUACGCGAUGCCUAUGCAACAUCAAAGUUAUAUGAAUCAAGAUUAUGGCGCGACAAUGUAUGAUCAUGGUUAUGCUCAUACGGGCUACGUAGCUGAGUAUGGCCACCCGCCACAAUAUGUGCCACCACCACCUCCACCAACGUAUUUGAAUGCGCCUCAAAUGUUCAGUGAUGAAAAUCCUAAUGGUUGUUUCAUCAUGUGAAAAUAAUCAAACUUUCAUCGAUCGUUCUUAAAGACACGAACUCUAAGGAGUCUUGUCUAUGAAGUAGAGCGACCUUGAUGACAACCUCAUUUUAUUUGCUUCAUAGGAAUGCUGGUUUAGCUUAAAUUGUACAAAAUCUAAUAUAUUAAAGCUGAAAAAAUAGAUGCACAUAUGAAAGCUUAUAUAUGAGGAUAGACUAUAGAGGGUUAUGUUAGGAAAUUUUAUUAGCUUAUUGGACAAACGUCUAAACCACUAUCUAGUGGUAGAUUAAUUAGUAUUUAUUUGUUUAUUUAUUUUGACUUGUAUGUCAUUUAUUAGUUGGUAGCUUAAAAUGUA